AUGUACUUUUUACAAACAAUAUAUCUACAACCUAAAGAUCAUCUUUGUUCAUGGAUAGAUUUUACAGGAGAAAAUUGUGCCUUAUUUUAUUCCUCUUAUAAUUUAGGUCAAAUAAUAUUUUUAUUUUUUCCUGCAUUUUUGGCUAUUGAACGUUUGAUUUGUGAAUUGAAAUAUACUAAAAAAUGUAUUGGUAUUAUUUUAUUUUUAUUUCAAAUAUCAGUUCCUGUUGCAAUAUUUUAUUAUUUAUAUCCUAAUAUUAUAAUAAAAGAUCAUUUUCCACAUUGUUCCAUUAACUCACAAAUGUUUUUUAGAUCAAAAAGUCUUUUUAAUAUGUUAAUAUCUAUUCAAUUAUUUUCAUUGUUUAUUUAUACUUCACUUUUAUAUAACAGAAAUAAUAAUUAUGAUAAUAAAAAAAUAGUUGAUGAUUAUAUUUUGUCAAAUUCAAGAAAGGAAAAAAUUAAAUUAUUUCAACAAUGGAGAGUUUGGGAUGAUACAGAAUUAACAUUACCAAUAAUAAUAGUUUCAACAAUAUGUUUUCUUUCAACUGUUUUCAUUGAGUAUAGUUUUAUAGUUGCAAUACAACCUUAUAUUAAAUUUUUCAAUUUCCUCACAGUAGAAUCAGACAAUUUAAUUGAAGCUGCCAAGUGGAGUGAAAUACAAAUUUUAUUAUGUAUAGUUUUUUUAAUUUUUAUGGGAAUGUUUUUAUAUUCAAAAAUUUGUAAUAAAAACAAAUCUAAAAAUCAAAAGUCAUUUCUAAAAAUUUGA